AUGGGCAUAGCAAUUGACUUCUGUCUUUUGCCUCUUCAAUAUCUCCAUCCUGCAUGUGCAUGGGUUACGCUGGUUUUGGAGUUAUCUUCACAAGAACCAAACCUCGGACUUCUCCACCUUAUGUACCGAGGCUUCCGUGGCCUUAAAUGUACUCUGCAACAUCACCAUUUUUCUAUAUUUCACUACUAUAAUUUACUCAACAUGUCUCCCUCUCUAUUGCAAAUCUCCGCCGGUUCAUUCGUGUUCCUCUCCUUCAUGGGCCGACAAUGGACCUCCGACCCCAGAUUCAAGGCCAUCAAAGGCUCUAAGCCCUGGGCCUGUGGGACAGUGGGCUGGUACCAGGGGAGUGGAUUCAUGCUGGUGGCUGCCCUCCUUCACUGGCAAUGGUCGCGCGACCCCAGUCUGCUUCAAGAGCCAGUCACCAAGAUUAUUGCCGGUCUCACCAAUGUGCUUCUUUGGGCUAGCUCGGUCUGGUAUGCUAAGAAUGGCAUCAAUGACACUGCGUCCGUUGUGGGAUUGUGUGCGGUGCUGCAGGCUUGGGCUGUUACAAAGGCCUAG